UUUUUUACGGAGUGUUUAUAUCUCCGAGUUGCUAGCUUAAGCCUCGGUUAGCGGGCGCUCAGACAAACGGCUUCUCUGUGAGAUGAUAAUCGGACUCGCUGGCGUUUAACCUGAUAUAGCACUCCCUCUUUUCCUUCUUCAGUGGGGUGCAGCUGUCUGCGUGUUUGGUUGUUUUCUAGAAGCGUUUACAUUGGGGUGGCGGGGGGAGUUGUACUAGGUUAAAAACACAGCCAAUGGGUUUGUAAUCAAGCGAACAAAAAACGAGGAUUUUGGCCCAUGAAGCCCCACGGGUUUGCUAUUUGAAAAGAGGACCUAAACUACACCCUGUGUUGGAAACCGAAGAGGAAGAUCUUUUAUUUAUUUAUUUAUUCUCGUUUGUCUAAGGAAAGUUUAUAUUUCAUACGCUGAGCUCUUCCAACUCAACAGUGAAGGAUGAACGGCCUCUCUUUCAAAGAGCUCUGCUGCCUGUUCUGCUGCCCACCAUGUCCGAGCCGCAUCGCAUCCAAGCUGGCCUUCCUGCCUCCGGAGCCCACCUACGCCUUUCUUCCAGACCCUGAAGCGGACCCCCCCGCACUGGGCGCGUCCGGGACGUCGAGCAUGCGGUCGAGGAGCGGCGCUUCGGUCUCCGGAGGAGCCGGCGGCGUGGAGGGGAAGUGGAAGCUUCACCUGACGGACCGAGCAGAGUUUCAGUACAAUCAGCGAGAUCUCGACGAGGUGGAAGUGUUCUUCACUCGCUCCAGCAGAGGAAACCGAGUCGGCUGCAUGUACAUUCGCGUCGCAGGGAAUGCCAGAUUUACCGUCCUUUUCUCCCACGGCAACGCAGUCGACCUCGGCCAGAUGAGCAGCUUCUACAUCGGCCUCAGCAGCCGUAUCGGCUGCAACAUCUUCUCCUACGACUACUCAGGUUAUGGAGUCAGCACCGGCAAGCCCACCGAGAAGAACCUGUACGCGGACAUAGACGCUGCCUGGCAUGCCCUGCGUACGCGAUACUGCAUAAUCCCAGAGAACAUUAUCCUGUACGGACAGAGCAUCGGCACGGUUCCCACUGUGGACUUGGCUUCGCGGUACGAGUGUGCCGCCGUCAUUCUUCACUCGCCUUUAACGUCUGGGAUGAGAGUUGCCUUUCCUGACACAAAGAAAACCUACUGCUUUGACGUUUUCCCCAACAUCGAAAAAGUGUCUAAAAUCACCUCUCCGGUUCUCAUCAUCCACGGGACGGAGGACGAGGUGAUCGACUUUUCUCACGGCCUGGCCCUGUACGAGCGCUGCCCGAAGGCCGUGGAGCCCCUCUGGGUGGAGGGCGCCGGACACAAUGACAUUGAGCUGUACGUUCAGUAUCUGGAUCGCCUCCGGCGUUUCAUUGGACAAGAAUUGGCAGCUCAGCACCCCUGACCUUCACGAGAACAUCAUCAUGUCAUUUUCUUCUUCCUCUGGCACUUAAAGCGCUGCCUCCCCGUGUGGAAGAUGGAAAUAAUGUCUUCUUGACUGUCCAUCAUGGUCCUCUGGACCACAGUGUCCCGCACUUCUACUGUAGGCCUCGACAUAGACCACGGACCAACGAGGCACAAAGAGAUCUUUAUAAUCAGAUAUGUUUAAGUGUGGAAGACGACGUUUAGACAGUUUCACUUAGCAGAAACCUAAAUAGUACUGAUCAUGUUUUAACAGGGCAGAUAAUGUAUAUCUCUAUUCUGUGCAAUAACAUGGACACAGUCCACAGAACGAUGGCAUUUGAUGAUGUUCAAAGAUACCCGCUAAGAAAUCAUGGAGAUUUUCUAGUCUACUUAUACCUUUUGUGUGCGCGUGUGUGUGUGCGCGUGUGUGUGUGCGCGUGUGUGUGUGCGCGUGUGUGUGUGCGUGUGUGUGUGUGUGUGUGUGUGUGUGUGCGCACACGUGUGUGUUUAUGUCUCUGUGUGUAAAACUUUAAUCUGUUAACUAAAGUUGGCAGAAUAAUAUUGAAGCAUGGGAAACACUUUUGAUCUUAGUCUUCAUGCUAAAAAUGAGGAUUUUUUGUUUUUGUUUCCGUUUUUAACAGAAAUUUUAAAUGAGACUCCAUAUCGGAUUUUAGAUCAAGUAAUCAUGGGAUUUUUGUUUAAUCUCUAACACACCUCUAGAAUCAAGUGCAAACCUUAAUAAAUAUAGACUCGGAUUACUUUUGGUUUACUCUAUAGUCGUUUGUCGUGGCAUUGGACUGCACUGCGUUGGAGGACGUUUCCUGUCUUAUGCGUGAACUGUGGUCUGAAUUUUUUCGGGUUUUAAAGGGACAUCUGUACGGAUUUAAGUUUGUACUCUUGAGUCUUUGAUUUAGUCUUCACUGCACUCGAUGUUUUCCUCAGGUAAACUUGUUUUUGACAUUUGGAUGGGAGCGUUCCAGACUCAUUCUUUCUCAUAAGCUGAAUAUUUCUACAGGUGAUUUCAUGUCUUUUUUUUUAUUUUAUUUUUUUAUUUUUAUUUUUUUUUUAUUGUAAACCAAGUAAUAAACCAAACUUUGCUCCGAAAACGAAGGUACUCUUCGCAGCAAAGAUUGGUGAAACUUUGACCUCCACCUUUUCUUCUUAGCAACUCAUGUAGAUCCCAGUAGGGGCGUGGGAUUGGUUAGAAGAAAGACAUUCAGAAUCUCUUUAAGUGAAACAUUAAAGUUGUUCCUUUUUGUUCGUCUUUUCUCUCACACCAGCUCACGUUUGCACGUUGUUCUGCGACGAGGGUCAGCGCUAACACUAAACGGGCCUGUAAACAUCUUUUUAAUAUUGAUACUGCUGAGAUGCAUUUCUACCAUCAUACAGUGAAUAAAACAUUCUUUAUAAAGAAACGUUGAUUAAAAAAAACAAUCAUCCCCACUGUAAAUACAGAGGGAUGCAGGAUCUAAGUACAGUAAUUUUUUUUAUUAUUGUGAAGCACUACCUUUUUGUACAAUAUCAAGCUAAAAGAUGUUUUCAGGGGUUUCCCUCUUUCUUCAGUCUUUUUAAUGAUCUGUAAACUCUAAUAUUUGUGUGCAAUUAUAGAAGCUCUACAUCUUUACAAGUCUUGGUUUUCUUACAGUCUGUAUUCUUUUUCUUUGCAGAUCCUUUCCAUUUUUUAUAUUACAAAACAGUUUUUUUUAUGUGACUGAUAUUUUGACCUUAGUUUGGGAAGAAAAGGUAAUAAUUUCCCCCCACUUUGCUUUAUUUUUCUUUACUUUGGCCCCAGGCUGCAAAUUACCAAAGUUUUAAAUCACAAUGAAACUUUCUCUGUUUAAAGCUAAGAAUACACCACUGUUUACCCUUAUGGGUUUUUUUUUUUUUUUAGCUCUGAGAUGCAAUGCAGCAAUUUCCAGGGUUCUUCAUCAGUUUCUGAACCAAAAUGUCAUCCAGCGUUUCUGUUGCUGAUGUUUUCUGUCUUCAUAUGCUUCAGGGGGGAAGGUUCAAAGUUGAAUUUUUUUUUUCUUUUUCUGUCUCUUAUUUGUGUGAUCUAAUGUGUUCUAAGUUUGCAUCCAUGUUUGAGUUUGAAUCUUUACCAAACCAUGUGAGCUGAUCAAACACCAUGACACAGGAGCUUUAUGUAAACGGCUUCUUUUCUUACAAACUGCAGAUCUCAUGUAAAUGCUCCAAUUCUUUAUUAUACUGACGAUUUUUUUUUUAGGUUUUAAAAGAUUUUGUUUUUCUCCAAGAGUUGAAAAGAAUGAGUCAAUAAAACAUACCCAGAAGUUAA